AAAUGUCAGAGACAAUCUUCCAGCCGUUUGAACUGCGCUCCUUUCAACGGAAAUGUUUUUUUUAAAGGAAAAAAGCAGUACCAAACGGUUAAACUCAUGAGAUGCCUAUAUAAAAUAAUGUUAUUCAUUGUUUUUUAAAGCAUUAAUUGUUGUUCAUUUCCCUGACUGCUCGAAGAAACAUUUUGCAUUUGUUGUUUUUCAUAUUUGCGGAAGAACUGCGCAAGGAUUUGUAUGAGAAGUAUGAAAUGAGGAAUUAGUGAUAGCAGAGGCCUAUUUCUUAUGCCCGACGAAUUUGUGCGGUGGAGUUUGUGCAUUUUCCAGCACCUGUUUGGCAUGGGAACAAAUAUUGCAGAUCCCCAGCUGGUGCAAGAGAUACUCUCUGUGAGGUCUGAUGAUUAUGAGAAAAUUGAGGCCAAUAAUGCUCUCAAGAAAUUGGAAGGUGAAGAGUUACUGGACUUGAAAGGCGAGAAAUGGGCUCAGCACAAAAGAAUCAUCAAUCCUGCAAUAGAUGUUCUCGUAUCAACCCACAUAUAUGAGCUCUAUAUGUGUCUUAAUAUAUUUGUCCAGUUUAUUCUGAUUGCAGUUUAGUUGCCUCCUUGGUUAAUGCCAUCUUUGAGCUAUAAAUUUGAUUGCUAAGGUGCAUUCAAGAGUUCAAACUUCUUAUUUCAGAGAAUUUAAUGUUUUUGCUAACCAAUGGAGAAAUUAUUUCAUGAUUUUGAUGCUAAA